AUGAUGGCAAGAGAUCGCAAGUGGUCUAUCCUCCUUGGCCCCGUAUUUUCCGCAGUAUGGCUAUCAACGCUUGCCGGGGCAGGCUUGAGCCCCCUGGGCGUCCGCGAUGAUCUACACUUCAGCCUUGAAGCGCGUGGCAUGAACAUAGAUGGGUCCCUUCCCAUCUACAAAGACCCAAAUGCAGACAUUGAGGAUCGUGUAAAUGACCUCUUACCGCGGAUGACUGUGCAAGAAAAAGUAUCACAGCUGAUUCAGGGCGACAUAGAUGGAUGGAUGAAUAUGACUGACCCUCUGGAUGAUACACUGACAUACAAUCAAACCGGUCUUGAACAAAUGAUGGAGUACAAGUCAGGAGCUAUCUGGGCUGGCUAUCUUGCCCCCUGGGACAAGAUUGUAUAUGCAAUCACAGUUGGUCAACAAUAUCUGAUGGAGAAUACAACCCUUGGCAUACCUGCCAUUGUACAGUCCGAAGGUCUUCAUGGAUUCACGGACAAUGGCACGACUUGGCCAUCCCCUAUCGGACUUGCCGCGUCAUUCAAUGCUCCUCUGCUAACGGAAGCUGCCAGCACUAUUUCCACCGAAGCUGAGGGUCUUGGCUACUCCCAGCUGUUUGCGCCUGUACUAGACCUUUCUAGAGAACUAAGGUGGGGAAGAGUAGAAGAAAACUACGGCGAAGAUCCUUUCUUAACUAGUCAGAUGGGGCGUGCGUAUGUGACUGGCGUUCAAUCCGGUAGGCGCAGAAAUGUCAGCUCGACGGCUAUCGCUAGGGUGGCAGCCACAUGCAAACAUUUUACUGCUUAUGGCAGUCCACAAGGAGGCUUAAAUAUCGCCCAAGUUAGUGGGGGACAGCGCGAGCUGCACACCUAUUACUUGAAGCCUUUCCACUAUGCCUGUGUCGAUGCUUUAUCCAUCAUGACUGCAUAUGCGAGUUAUGAUGGAAUCCCUAACGUCGCCAAUACCCAUCUGCUUACUGAUAUUCUCCGUAAUGAAUGGGGAUAUCAAUACUUCGUUACAUCUGACGCUGGCUCUGUUGACCUUUUGAUCACGCUUCAUGGCGUCUGUGCAACCAGAGAGUGCGCGGCAAAAAUCGCACUUGAGCACGGUCUCAGCGGAGAGAUGGGGGGAGGAACGUAUACUUAUCUCACAUUACCUGACCAGAUCCAGAACGGCACCGUAGGCAUCAGUUAUGUCGACGAGACGGUGAAAACCAUACUCAGGACCAAAUUCUCUCUUGGACUUUUCGAAAAUCCAUACCCAUAUCCGGAUUAUCGAUCAACCCUUCGUACACAAGCUACUCGAGAUCUUCUUCAUCAAAUGGAACGUGAAGCAAUCAUAUUGUUGGAAAACAGAAACAGUGUUCUCCCACUGAGCACAAACAUCAGCUCUAUCGCCCUUAUAGGACCUCAGUCAGACCGUGUUUCUUUCGGCGAUUAUGUAUUCUACAACGCAUCGCUCAAUGGUAUAUCGCCGUUGGAUGGUUUCAAGGAGUUCCUCGAAAACAGUUCCGUUCAAAUCAACUUUGCGGAAGGAUGCAAACUCUGGUCGAACGACGAAUCUGAAUUCCCUGCUGCCAUUGCAGCAGCCAAAAAGUCGGAUGUCGCCAUUGUAAUGGUAGGCACCUGGUCCUUGGAUCAAACAUUGUUGUGGACACCGGGGACAAAUGCUACGACAGGAGAGCAUGUAGAUUUAUCGGACCUCGACUUGGUUGGUGCUCAGUUCCCCCUUGUACAAGCCAUUCAAGCGACUGGAACACCGACAAUUGUGGUGUUCGUUAGCGGCAAACCUGUGACGAACCCUUGGAUUCAAGAAAAUGUGGACGCUGUGAUACAGCAGUUCUACCCCGGAGAGCUAGGCGGACUUGCCAUUGCUGAGAUAGUCUUUGGCGCCACUAACCCAUCAGGAAGAUUACCUGUCUCCUUCCCCCGUAGCGUUGGAACGACUCCUGUCUUCUAUAACUACCUCAAAGGAAGUAGACCGGUUUCUCCGGGUGAAAUCACGCCGAACGGUACCCUGAUCUUUGGACAUCAAUUAACGCAGUAUGUCCUUAACACCCCAGUCCCUACAUGGAGUUUCGGGCAUGGCUUGAGUUAUACCACCUUUAAUUACACCGAUUUACAAUUAUCAAGCCCUACUAUUGGCACAAGUGAGAACUUUAAUGUCACAGUAACAGUACAUAACACUGGAUCAAGGGAUGGAAAAGAAGUUGUUCAGGUGUAUAUGACGGACAUUGUUAGCUCCGUGGUGACACCAAACCAGGAACUGAUAGGGUUUACGAAAGUGGAUAUCCCGGCUGGGCAGUCUCAAACCGUUACUAUCGAGGUCAUGUCUUGGCAAUUGGCGGUAUGGACCGUACGGGAAGAGUGGGUCGUCGAGCCGGGGCAGUUUAACAUCAUGAUCGGCAAUAGCGCGUUAGCCGUCCUAAACACCACUCUUACUGUAGUCUGA